AUGAACCCUCAAAUAACCAACCUUGUUGUGAUCCUAGGGAUGAUGCAGGUGUCCAAGAAGAUUCCCUUCGAAGAUCCAACAUGGCUCAACGGUAUCAGGGGGAUGUAUCUCCUCUCUAACCUGAUUAUCUUGGGUCUGUACGUCUAUGUCGGAACGAUUAUCAAGAAGAAAAAUGACAAUACCACGCUGAAAUACGUCGAACCUGCCCCGCCAAUGUCAGGCGAGGAGCCCAAGCUCACCACCACAACCAUCGGUGCUUACGAUCAGACCCAACUGCGCGCGGCCUACAAGGCUGUCUUGAUGGGUGUUGGGAUGAUGGCCGUCAUGCACAUCUACUUCAAGUACACAAACCCUCUAUUGAUCCAGAGCAUUAUCCCUCUCAAGGGUGCGUUCGAAUCCAAGCUCGUCCAGAUUCACGUCUUCGGAAAGCCUGCUAGCGGAGACCUCAAGCGCCCAUGGAAGGCGGCCGGUUUCAUGCAGGGAAUGCAAGGCGGCGAUGUCAAGUCAGACAAAAAGGCUGUUGAGGAGGCCGAGAGAGCCGGACGCGGAGGCGCCAAGGAGGAGUAG